AUGGAGAUGAGGUUCAGCUCGGAUCUCGACCCGGUUCUGCUCAAGUCCAAGUCCAAAGACCCGACCAAGAACCCGGCCCUGAAGAGUCCCGGUCUGGAUCCCGGUCUGGACUCGGGUCUGGACUCGGGUCUGGACUCGGGUCUGGACCGGGAGCGCGGGCUGAACACCAGCGGCUCUGUGGAUCCUGAAUACUGCCGCCGCAUCCUGGUCCGAGAUGCGAAGGGCUCGAUCCGGGAGAUAAUCCUGCCCAAAGGCCUGGACCUGGACCGGCCUAAACGGACUCGGACGUCGUUCACGGCGGAGCAGCUCUACCGUCUGGAGAUGGAGUUCCAGAGGUGUCAGUACGUGGUGGGACGAGAGCGAACGGAGCUCGCCCGCCAACUCAACCUGUCCGAGACCCAGGUGAAGGUUUGGUUCCAGAAUCGUCGGACGAAGCAGAAGAAGGACCAGGGGAAGGACUCGGAGCUCAGGUCGGUGUCGGAGACGGCGGCGACCUGCAGCGUCCUGCGUCUGCUGGAGCAGGGCCGUCUGCUGACCCCGGGACUGACCCCGGCCCUGACCCCGGGCCUGACCCCGGGCCUGACCCCGGCCCUGCUGCCCCACUGCGGGGCCUCGUCCGUGGGCUCGGCGCUGAGGCAGCACUCGCUCUCGCUCCACGCCGGCUCUAACUCUCCGGCGGGGGGCAGUCCCCCGCGGCCGGCCUCCGCCUCGGCUCCGCCCGCGGCGCACGGCCUGUUCGGUUUCCCCGUGCCCUCGCUGCUGGGGGGCGUGGCCUCUCGGAUCUCCGCCCCUCUGUCUUUGGCGGGAAACCUCCACGAGCUGUCGGCGCGUUACCUGAGCUCGUCUGCGUUUGAGCCGUACUCCAGAGGGACGGGGAAGGACGCCGACAAGAAGGGGCUGGACUGA